AUGGGUGAACCACAACGCACAGAUUCAACAAUCCUCCCAAUUCAACAAGCCACAGACUUAACGACCCUCACCAAUUCGUCAACCAUAUCUGAUCCUCUCGUUUUGCACCAUUCCGACACACCAGGGCUCACCCUUGCCAACGCACCACUCAAAGGAAAUAACUAUGGACAAUGGAGUCGCUCGGUGCGUCUCAGUCUCAGUGCCAAGAAUAAACUUGGACUAAUCGAUGGGUCUGUCAAAGCACCACCAUCAACUGAUGCCAAAUUUCCUAUGUGGCAGCGUUGCAACGACAUGGUAUUGUCAUGGCUCCUACACUCGAUUCAUCCCGACAUUGCCAACAGCGUCCUCUAUUCUGACACAACAGCCGCCGUUUGGAACGAUCUCAAAGACAGAUUUUCCCAGAGGAAUGACUCCAGGAUCCACCAAAUUCGACAAGAAAUUGUCGAAUGUCGUCAAGGACAACAAUCAGUCUCCAUAUACUAUACCAAACUCAAAGCACUUUGGGAUGAACUGUCUAUUUAUCAUGAACCCCUCAUUUGUGACUGUGAGGGCCUGAAAAAGCUUGCAGAUCGUGAGGAAAAGGAGAAGGUCAUGCAAUUUCUAAUGGGAUUAAAUGAUUCUUACUCCACUGUUCGUGGCUCCAUUUUGAUGAUGAAUCCUAUUCCUGAUACACGAAGAGUCCAUGGGUUAAUUCUCCAACAUGAGAGACAGAUGGAAGUGGCAAGUCGCCGAGAAAAUCCAUCUUAUUCUCACGCUAUGCAGACUUCGCGUGCUCCUGCGACCACAGGCUUUUUCCGCCCCUACAAACCCUCCAAAUGCUCUCACUGUGACCAAGAGGGUCAUUCAGUUGAUCAUUGCUAUUACAUCAUUGGAUUUCCAAUUGGUCACAAAUGGCAUGGGAAGAAUGUGCAACCCAGGAAUAAGAAGCCACCUGCUCACAAUGACAAGAGGGCUGCUGCUCACAAUGUAGAAUUGGAAACACCUCCUACCAAGGGUCCAACAGCUUCUGCUACUGGAGGCCCCACCUUCACAACCGAGCAAUACAAUCAACUCCUUGCUAUGCUUCACAAUAAGAACGGUAAUGCCCAAUCAUUUGCAUGCGACAGUGGAGCAACAGAUCACAUAUCUCGUUUAACACCCACGCAUUAUACUCAUAUUGGGACUCAGCAUGAUUUUGUUGGUUUGCCUAAUGGUGAGCACGUUGCCAUUGAAAGUAUAGGAUCUGUGCGCCUGACACCUUAUUUGUCUCUUGAUGGAGUUCUACAUGUGUCCAAAUUUCGUGUGAACUUAUUGUCUGACGUGGAAACGAAGAGGAUGAUUGGCCUGGGCAAGCAUUUUGAUGGGCUCUACUACCUUACGCCACAACAAAAUCCCCACCUAGCUCAUCAUAUUCACCGAUAUCCCCUUGGUCAGAAGGGUUACCUUGUCUAUGAUCUUGAUAACCACAAAAUUGUUACUUCACGUGAUGUUCUAUUUCAUGAACACAUGUUUCCUUUUGCUCACUUACCCUGUGAAGACCAACAAGACCUCCCAGUUUUACCUAUCCCACUUACUGACCCACACAUAGCUGGGCCCAAUUUUUUUGAAACAUCCCCAACUCAUUCCAGCCCACACACCGACCCCCCUUUAGCUGUUACACCUCCAGAGCUCCUGUCCUCACCGUCCAGAUCUUCCAUCACCACUCCAGACCUUCCUCUCGAUCUCCCUGUGUCACCUUCACAAGACCCAACCGAUCCACCACAUAUCCCAGCUCUCCCAGACAUCCCUUCACCCGAUCCGGACACCAUUGCAACCGGCCCUCCUCUUCCCCUUCGUCGUUCCAACAGACCCUCCCAUCCACCGGCUCAUUUUCAACACUACCAGGCCCAUCAUGCUGCUCUGCUCUAG